AUGAACUACCGCAGCUCACCAUCGCCUCUUCUCAUCCUUACAGCCAAACCCCCAAGACCACCUUCACCUGCGCCUCCACCGCGCCCGUUCCGUGAUCCUAACCGCCGAGGAGUGAGUCUCAAACUCCGUUCCUCUCAAAAACCUCUCCCAUCAUUGACAGUAUUGACCCUUCCCCUCCCCGCGCCAAAAAGACUCGUCGAGAUCCGCGCCGCCCAACGAACCUUCGAAGGCGCCUACAUGCGCACAGCCCUCUCCCAAUUCUCCUUCGCCCUCAUCAUCCUCAAAAUCUUCACCUCGGAGUUCUACGCCAUCGGCGCCCUGUUCGCCGUCUACGGCGCCGCCGUCAUGCUCGUCGCCAUCUUCCGCCGCCACGAGGGCAACCGCCAGUUCUUCACGAGCCCCAAGGUGGACGAGGGCAGCGGCGUCGCGAGCGGCGGCGUGGUGCGCAAGUUCCGCACGAGCGGGAACAGCGUCGCCAUGCUUACCGUCUUGAGCCUUGCUGCGUAUGUUACGCUUUUGGUGCUUACGUGGCAGCUUGUGCAGUGA